GGCAAAAUUCCGGCGAUAAACACGUGCAUGUGGAAAUAGCCAUGUGUACUGAAGAAAAGAGCAAUUGUUAUUUACUUCUCAAUGAUGGUAGUAUUUUACCCGGACGGAGUUUUGGGGCGAUUGCUCCAGUUGAUGGAGAAGUGGUUUUCCAAACGGGCAUGGUUGGAUAUCCCGAGUCCUUGACUGAUCCAUCGUACCGCGGGCAAAUCCUGGUGCUGACAUACCCCCUGAUCGGCAACUAUGGAGUGCCAGGUGACGAAAAGGACGAGCACGGUCUGCCAUACUGGUUCGAAUCCCGAAGAAUAUGGACAGCAGGACUGAUCGUGGGAGAGAUCUGUGACACCCCAAGCCACUGGAGGCAGACGAAGACCCUCUCCACCUGGAUGAAAGAGCAAAAAAUCCCAGGAAUUCACGAGGUGGACACUCGUGCUCUAACCAAGAUAAUCAGAGAGAAAGGCAGUGUCCUGGGCAGAAUAAUCUACCAACAGCCUUCAGGUGAUGAAAUCUCGCUUCUGAUAGUCGAUCCCAAUACCCGAAAUCUAGUUGCCGAAGUCUCUUCCACCUCUCGCAGGACCUACAACCCAUCCAGCAAACCAAAAAUCUGUCCAAAUAUCUGCGUCGUAGAUUGCGGACUUAAGAACAAUCAGGUACGUUGUCUACUGUCUCGAGGUGCCAGUGUGACAAUCGUCCCCUGGGACGAUGACCUGUCUUUCCCUUUCGACGGCCUCUUCCUCAGUAAUGGCCCAGGCAACCCCAGCAUGUGCCUGAAAACCAUUGACAACCUGAAAAAAAUCCUGUCGACGCGUCCUACCACUCCAAUUUUUGGUAUCUGCCUGGGGCACCAGCUCUUAUCACUAGCCGCUGGCUGCAGAAGCUACAAAAUGGCUUAUGGGAAUAGAGGGCACAAUCAGCCCGUCAUCCACAGGGACACAAAACGUUGUUUCAUGACUUCUCAAAAUCACGGAUUUGCCAUUGAUGUAGAUCAACUACCCACCGGGUGGGAGGUCCUCUUCACCAAUGCCAAUGACGGCUCCAAUGAGGGAAUCGUCCACCAGGUCAACCCUCACUUCUCCGUGCAGUUCCAUCCAGAGCACACUGCGGGCCCUCAGGACCUUGAAUGCCUCUUCGAUGUAUUUCUAGAGAGCUGCAAGCAGACAGCAGCCGGGAAAACUCAAAACCUCAAGGAAAUCCUCACUCGGAGGCUGCAGUACACUCCACUACCUGGGGAUGGCAUCACCAGACCGAGGAAAGUUCUGAUCCUGGGGUCUGGGGGUCUCUCUAUCGGUCAGGCAGGGGAAUUUGAUUAUUCCGGGUCACAGGCAAUUAAAGCUCUCAAGGAGGAACACAUCCAAACUGUUCUCAUUAAUCCCAAUAUUGCAACAGUCCAAACGUCCAAGGGAAUGUCAGACAAAAUUUACUUUCUGCCGAUUAUACCGCAGUAUGUGGAGCAGGUGAUUAUGUCCGAGCGACCUGAUGGGGUUCUUCUGACAUUUGGCGGACAGACUGCACUGAAUUGUGGAGUCGAGCUCGAGAGGUCAGGGGUCUUCUCCAAGUACGGAAUCAAGAUCCUGGGGACUCCAAUCAAAUCGAUUAUUGAUACUGAGGACAGGAAAAUAUUCUCAGAUCACAUCAGUGAGAUCGGGGAGAAGGUCGCCCCCAGCGCUGCUGUAUACUCCAUUCAAGAUGCCCUAGAGGCUGCGGAGAAGCUUGGCUACCCGGUGAUGGCAAGGGCGGCGUUCUCACUGGGGGGUUUGGGCUCCGGCUUUGCGAACACGAAGGAGGAGCUCAAAGCACUGGCCCAGCAGGCGCUCGCUCACUCCAGCCAACUGAUCAUCGACAAAUCCCUCAAGGGAUGGAAGGAAGUUGAGUACGAAGUUGUGAGGGACGCGUAUGACAACUGCAUCACAGUCUGCAACAUGGAGAACGUCGAUCCACUUGGAAUUCACACUGGGGAAUCCAUCGUCGUGGCCCCUAGUCAGACCCUCUCCAACAGGGAGUACAAUGUCCUGAGGACAGUGGCACUCAAGGUUAUCAGGCACUUUGGUAUUGUGGGGGAGUGCAACAUACAGUACGCAUUGAAUCCCUUCUCCGAGGAGUAUUAUAUCAUCGAAGUCAAUGCAAGAUUGUCGAGGAGUUCUGCUCUGGCAAGCAAAGCCACUGGUUAUCCCUUGGCUUAUGUGGCUGCUAAAUUGGCACUGGGAGUUCCACUGCCAGAGAUCAAUAAUUCCGUUACUGGAAAGACGACAGCCUGCUUCGAGCCCAGUCUCGAUUACUGCGUCGUCAAGAUUCCCAGGUGGGAUCUGAGUAAAUUUCAAAGGGUCAGCACCAAAAUUGGCUCAUCUAUGAAGAGCGUCGGGGAAGUAAUGGCGAUUGGGAGAAAAUUCGAGGAGGCCUUUCAAAAGGCACUCAGGAUGGUCGACGAGAAUGUUCACGGCUUUGACCCAAAUCUCAAGCCCCUGAACGAUGAAGAACUGGAAAAACCAACUGACAAACGCAUGUUCGUCCUGGCGGCAUCGAUGAAGGCUGGAUAUUCCGUCGAUCGCCUCUAUGAGCUCACAAAGAUCGAUCGCUGGUUUCUGCACAAGAUGCAGAAUAUAAUCGAUUAUUACAAGCUGUUUGAGAUUGUCGGUCCUGAAAAACUGUCUCAUGCCAUUCUCCUGGGGGCCAAGAAAAUGGGAUUCUCUGAUAAACAGAUUGCAACUGCUGUCAAAAGCACUGAAUUGGCGGUUCGUAAGCAGAGAAAGGAGUUUAAUAUCUGGCCAUUUGUCAAACAGAUCGAUACGGUUGCUGCUGAGUGGCCAGCGACAACAAAUUAUUUGUACUUGACAUACAACGGAUCGACACACGAUAUCGAUUUCCCCGGAGGGUACACUAUGGUCAUUGGAUCUGGGGUCUACAGAAUAGGAAGUUCCGUUGAAUUCGACUGGUGUGCUGUCAGCUGUCUGAGGGAACUUCAAAAUCUCGGCAAGAAAACGAUUAUGAUAAAUUACAAUCCAGAGACAGUAAGCACGGAUUACGAUAUGUCAGACCGUUUGUACUUCGAGGAGAUCUCGUUCGAAGUUGUGAUGGACAUCUACGACCACGAGAACCCAGAAGGUGUGAUUCUGUCAAUGGGGGGACAAUUACCAAACAACAUAGCGAUGGAUCUCCACAGACAGCAGGCAAGAAUCCUGGGGACAUCGCCAGAGUCGGUGGACGGUGCUGAGAAUCGUUUCAAGUUCUCCAGAAUGCUGGACAGGAUUGGGAUAUCGCAGCCGCGAUGGAAGGAACUGACGAAUCUCAAGUCAGCCAUUGAAUUUUGUGACGAGGUGGGAUUUCCCUGUCUGGUUCGUCCCUCUUACGUUCUCUCUGGUGCAGCGAUGAAUGUCGCCCACUCCCACCAGGACCUCGAGUCCUACCUUAAGAACGCCAGUGAUGUAUCUAAAGAACACCCAGUGGUAAUCUCGAAGUUUAUCCUGGAGGCCAAGGAGAUUGAUGUCGACGCAGUGGCGUACGACGGUGUUAUCCUCUGCAUGGCCGUCUCCGAACACGUGGAGAACGCUGGGGUUCACUCGGGGGACGCCACCCUGGUGACACCCCCUCAGGACAUCAAUCCCGAGACCCUUGCCAAGAUCAAGGUCAUCUCUAGGGCCAUUGCAGCUUCCCUCGAGGUCACUGGACCCUUCAACAUGCAGCUUAUCGCCAAGGACAAUGAGCUCAAGGUCAUUGAGUGCAAUGUCAGGGUUUCAAGGUCUUUUCCAUUCGUCUCCAAGACUCUGGAUCACGACUUUGUCGCCAUGGCCACCAGGAUUAUGGUCGGAGAGACUGUUGACCCUGUGGAUGUCCUGGUAGGCUGUGGCAAGGUUGGCGUCAAGGUUCCACAAUUCUCCUUCUCCAGGCUCGCAGGGGCUGAUGUCACUCUCGGUGUUGAGAUGGCAUCUACUGGCGAAGUCGCCUGUUUUGGCGAUAAUAGGUACGAGGCAUACCUCAAGGGAAUGAUGAGCACUGGGUUCUACAUACCACAGAAGGGCAUUCUUUUGUCUAUCGGGAGUUUCAAACACAAAGUGGAAUUAUUGGAGUCCAUGAGGAGCUUGAAGAAGAUGGGGUAUAAGCUGUACGCCAGCAUGGGAACUGCUGAUUUUUACACUGAACACGGGGUUGAGGUGGAGCCAGUGCAAUGGACCUUCGAGAACAUCGACGUCAACGAGGAUUCGAGUCCAAGUGAGCUUCGACAUUUAGCUGAUUUUCUCUCCAAGAAGCACUUCGACCUCGUGAUCAAUCUUCCAAUGCGCAACGGUGGAGCUCGACGAGUCUCUAAUUUCAUGACCCAUGGCUACCGAACCCGAAGACUUGCUGUCGAUUACUGUGUACCACUGGUUACUGACGUCAAAUGCGCCAAACUAUUGGUUGACGCAAUCAGCAAAUUGGGAGGACGAGCUCCAAGGAUGAAGACUCACACUGACUGCAUGUCAUCUCGAAGAAUCCUCAGACUUCCUGGUUUUAUCGACGUGCACGUUCACACUCGUGAUCCAGGGGCAACUCAUAAAGAGGAUUUUGCGUCUUGCACAGCAGCUGCUCUAGCUGGCGGUGUCACCAUGAUUUUCGCAAUGCCUAACACGGAUCCUCCUGUCGUCGACCAUCAAUCCUUCACCGUGGCUAAGGAAUGUGCAACUGCUGGAGCUCGAUGUGACUACGCUCUCUUCGUGGGUGCAUCCUCGAUUAAUUAUAAUACUCUUCCGGAGAUUGCACCGAUGGCAGCUGCCCUGAAGAUGUAUCUGAAUGAGACGUUCACCACGUUAAGGCUCAAGAAUAUCAACGAGUGGGUGAAGCACUUUGAAAAUUGGCCGAAAAAAUAUCCACUGUGCGUUCACGCCGAAGGCCAUGUUACCGCUACCGUAGUGGUCCUGGCUAGUCGAUACAAUCGCCCUGUUCACAUCUGUCACGUAGCCCGAAAAGAGGAGAUUGAGAUAAUUCGAGCAGCCAAGGAAAGUGGUCUUAAUGUCACCUGCGAGGUAAGCCCACAUCAUCUAUUUUUAACUCAAGACGAUUCCGUGAGGAUUGGAGCCGCCAGGAGUGAAGUCAGACCCAUCCUCGGGACACCAGAGGAUCAGCAAGCGCUCUGGGAUAAUAUGGACAUCAUCGAUUGCUUCGCUACAGAUCACGCUCCACAUACCGUCGAAGAAAAAGAUGGCGAGAAAUCACCUCCUGGUUACCCAGGUCUCGAGACAAUUCUUCCACUUCUCCUGAAUGCUGUGCACGAAGGCAGACUCACCAUCGAGGACAUAAUUGAAAAAUUCUACACAAAUCCCAAGCGCAUCUUCAACAUCCCCCCUCAGCCGAAUACCUACGUCGAGGUGGACCUUGACGAGGAGUGGACGAUACCCGAAGCCCUUCCCUUCACAAAAUCCAAAUGGACACCGUUCGCAGGACAAAAAAUCCGAGGGUCAAUCCACAGAGUUGUGCUUCGAGGUGAAGUGGCCUACGUAGAAGGCCAGGUGUUGGUGUCGCCAGGUUUCGGUCAGGACAUUCGCGAGCUUCAACGAAAUCAGAAACUCACUCCGAUCAUCCACUCAAUCACCGAUGUAACUAGCCGACCAAACUCUGCCCUCGACAAGCUCCUCUCCCCGAACUACGAAAAGGCGAUUACCCAUCCUCACGUUGUUCCAAAUACUGACGAACCCACCGAUUUCUACUCCCACCUUUUGCAGCCAACCCCUCCAAAAAAUAUUGUGCACUUCUUUGCGGAUAUCGAGUCUCGAGACCUCUCAAAAGUUCCCCAGAGGCCAGUGUCACCCCUCCUGGGCCGCCUCAAGACCGAUUCGAAUUAUCAGUCCUCGCCAAUCACGAGACAUCAUUCCCUCUCCAACCACGGCCUCGCCGGCCAGCACAUUCUCACAGCGGACAUGUUCACGAAGGAGCAGCUGAACGACAUCUUCAACACCGCCCAGAGCCUCCGGGUGGAUGUCCUCAAGGAACGCCCCCUGGACAACAUUCUACGGGGAAAGCUAAUGGCGUCUGUCUUCUACGAGGUCAGUACAAGGACAUCCUGCAGUUUCGCAGCUGCCAUGCAGAGGCUAGGGGGCAAAGUUGUACACAUGGAUGGAUCGACGUCGUCAGUGAAAAAAGGAGAGAGCCUGGAGGACACUGUGGCAGUGAUGGCAGGCUAUGCAGAUGCUGUUGUCCUGAGACAUCCAGAGCCUGGGGCAGUUGCCAGAGCUGCUCAGCAUUGUAGAAAACCCAUGAUAAAUGCUGGGGAUGGAGUGGGAGAGCAUCCCACCCAGGCCCUUCUCGAUAUUUUCACUAUUCGUGAGGAGAUUGGCACUGUUAAUGGUCUCACCAUCACAAUGGUUGGGGACCUCAAGCACGGCAGGACUGUCCACUCCCUCGCUAGACUCCUCACCCUCUACAACGUCAACCUGAGAUAUGUCAGUCCUCCCAGUCUGGGCAUGCCAGAUCAUGUUGUGGGAUACGUGGCCCAGAGAGGAGUCCCUCAGGAGAAAUUCUCAAGUCUCGAGGAAGUCCUCCCUGAUACUGAUGUCUUGUACAUGACAAGAAUCCAGAGGGAGAGGUUCCAGAGCCAGGAGGAGUACGACAGGGUCUGUGGACACUUUGUCGUCACACCACAGUUGAUGACGAGGGCCAAACGCAGGAUGGUCGUCAUGCAUCCGCUUCCCAGGAACUUUGAGAUCAGUCCUGACUUCGAUAAUGAUCCCAGGGCUGCCUAUUUCAGGCAGGCGGAAUGCGGGGUUUAUGUCAGGAUGGCUCUGCUGGCUAUGAUUUUGGGGAGGUGUUGAUCAGGGGAAUUGCUCAGAGCAUUCAGGAAUAUCGCUAUGCGUGUUAAAAAAUUCAGGGGAAUCUGGUGAGAAGAGAUAAGUCCCAUUUAGGAGUGAAACGGUAUGAUAAGGAGCUGACACAUAUUUUUAUUAUUGAUAUAGCUUGAAAAUCAUCUAUUUAAGGUAGAAACACUGAAUGACUUUUUUGGAGCUAAAAUAAGAUAUAAAUCGGUAAUUACAAAAAAUCAUUAAUUGUAAUUAUCUCACUUUGUGAAUUAUCUUCAUUAUUGAAUUAAUUUAAGAUUUGGUUGAAGGGUUUGAAAUAAUGCAGACGACAUAUUUUUACAGCAUACUGGUAUUAUGCAUUUAUUAUUGUUUUUAUCGGUGAUUUUCAUCAAUAGUUGUGUAACAGAUAAGUCUACUGGAUGGAUUGACAUAUUUUUAUAUGAAGUUUUUCUAUAAAAAUGUAUCCGUGAUAAAAGUGAUACAUAUGUUAUGUAUAAUAAAUAGAGGAUUGCAACGGCGAA